GCCUACUUUCCGCUCGAUGUCGCCGAAGCGCCGGUUCGAGGGGCGGGAGCUCCGGAACCUGAGCGCAACGCUCAGCGCUGCAGCCGACGCAGGGGCGCGCGCAGAACGCGAACGCGCACACGGACACCGAUGCCGGGGGGCAUCUGCUUGCCUCUCAGAUGAAGACAUUUGUACCGGUCUAUCGGGAGGUGCGCGCGAGGCGAGCGGAUGCUUUAACACAGAUGAAAGCGGGAACCGUUGCGGCACGCGCAGCCUUCAGCCCGGCGCGAGUCCCGAAGCGACAAGUCACUGCCCACCAAAAAUGAAUGGCAAAGGUGAAGGAAUUAGCGAGCACAGCCGUGCGGUUCCAAAGGCGCUUCGCUGGACCCCCAGCAGCGGCUCCCCGUGCUGUGACGGACGGAACGGAGGCAGAAAGUUGCGCGUGAGCGCGUGGAGUUGGUGGGCACUUGUCCUCCUCGGUAGCCACGUGCUGGGAUGCGUGGCCGAAGAGAUAGGAAACACUGAAAGAAACACACUCAGACAAAUGAAGACUUUCACAACAACAUCGGCCGAUGGGAGAGCCCCAGGUGACGUGGCUCCCUAUUUCAAGACAGAACCCAACCCAUCAGAGAUCCACCUGGAAGGCAACCGUAUGGUCAUGACCUGUCUUGCUGAGGGCAGCUGGCCAUUGGAGUUCAAGUGGAUGCUCAAUGGUACUGAUAUUACAUCCUUCUCACCUGAGUACAAGUACAUCAUCCCAUCCCUCCAGCGCUCAGAUGUGGGCUUCUACCAGUGUGUGGUGAGGAACAGAAUGGGAGCGCUGAUCCAGCGUCGUGCUGAAGUACAAGUGGCCUACAUGGGGAGCUUCGUGGAGAUGGAGCAGCGGAAGACGGUGCCUCAGGGCCGAGCUGCCGUACUCAACUCGCCAGCUGUGAGCUGCUUCCCCCGCCCACAGGUCACUUGGUUCCGCGACGGUUACAAGAUCAUUCCCAGCGACCGAGUAGCCAUAACACUGGACAACCAGCUUGUGGUGCUGUCGACAGCUGCAGCUGAUGCAGGACGUUACUACGUUCAUGCAGUCAAUGAGAAGAAUGGGGACAACAAGACAAGCCCCUCCAUUUACCUGACCAUUGCAGAUCCUGAAGCCCCAGCAGACCCUGUGGCCCCAGUGAUUGUAAUUUCUCCAAGGAACACUACAGUGGUGGCUGGAGCCAGCGAGGCCACGCUUGAGUGUGUGGCCAAUGCCAGGCCCGUGGAAAAGCUGAGCAUCACUUGGAGGCGGAAUGACAUGGAGCUGCCCGGCGGUGUAGGCACAUUUGGGAGGCGGCUGACAAUUGUGAAUCCAACUUCAGCUGAUGUCGGACUCUAUGUGUGUGAGGCCACCAUACUGGAUAGCAGCGUGAGGCCUUCAGAGGCCAGAGCCUUCCUGUCUAUCAUGGAAGCCCCCUACUUCACAGCCGAACCACAGAAAAAGAUAAUGGGAGAGGUAGACAAAACCAUUGACAUCCAGUGUCAGGCUAAGGGCAUGCCUGCACCCAAGCUAGAAUGGUACAAAGACUCGGUACCUCUCAGCAAGCUGAACAACCCCCGCUACAGGAUGGUGUCCAGCAUGGGCCUCCAGGUCAGGAGGGUGCACCCCAACGAUGCCGGGGUCUUCCAGUGCUUCGCUCGGAAUGCAGCGGGGGAGAUCCAAGUGCACACAUACCUGGAUGUCACCAGUAUGGCCCCCACAUUCACUACAUCUCCCGCUGACAUCACUGUGACAGACGGGGCGACAGCCACCUUCACCUGCAGGGUCUCAGGAGCACCUAAACCUGCUAUCACCUGGAAGAGAGACUCUCAGGUCCUGGCGAGCGGAUCCAUACAGAUCCCACGCUUCACUCUGCUGGAGUCUGGGGGAUUGCAGGUGGAACCCGUGUUCUUCCAGGAUACAGGCAACUACACUUGCUAUGCCAGCAACUCGGAGGGGGCCAUCCAUAGCAGCGCCGCCCUCACUGUGUGGAGUCGUACUUCAAUCUCCCAGCCUCCUGUGGACAGAAGAGUGAUCAAGGGCACCACAGCUGUACUGGACUGUAGUGCUACCCACGAUCCCAGAGUGUCUGUUAGGUAUGUGUGGAUUAAAGAUGAAAGUGAGGUCCUUCCCACCACCAGGGGGCGCAUUAUCAUGAGGGGGGGAUCUCUGCACAUCAGUCAGACAUGGUCAGGGGACAUUGGAGACUACACCUGCAAUGUCAUCUCUCAGGCUGGAAAUGACUCCAAAUCAGCCCGCCUAGAAGUCAUUGAGCUACCUCACUCACCCCGGAACCUGCAGGCCACUCUCAACGCCUCUGACAGCCGCAGCGUGGACUUGAGCUGGGCACGGCCCUUCGAUGGCAACAGCCCACUACUGCACUAUGAGGUGGAGCUCUCCGAGAACAACUCCCCGUGGAAGACUUACCUCCCGGAGGUUGAUCCUGCGGUGACAGAAAUCACAGUGAAAGGGCUGACUCCCGCGCGUACCUACCAGUUCAGGGUGUGCGCUGUCAACCAAGUGGGGAAGGGGCAGUACAGCAGCGAGACCAACAGGCUGAUGCUGCGUGAGGAAGCUCCUAGUGCCCCUCCCAAGAACAUUGUGGCCAGUGGGAGGACCAACCAGUCCAUCAUGGUCCAGUGGCAACCGCCACCUGAACCCGAGCUCAAUGGAGUACUAAGGGGCUAUGUCCUUCGAUAUCGCCUUGCUGGUCUCCCUGGGGAGUACCAGCUGCAGAACAUCACAAGCCCUGAGAUCAACUACUGCCUGAUUAAAGAGCUCAUCAUCUGGACGCAGUAUGAAAUCCAGGUGGCAGCCUACACGAGUGCGGGCCUCGGUGUGUUCAGCCGGCCUGUGACGGAGUAUACAUUGCAAGGAGUGCCUACAGCACCCCCUCAGAAUGUGGAAGCCAAAGCCCUGAACUCCACCACAGUGAAAUUCACAUGGAACCCUCCACCACAACAGUUCAUCAACGGCAUCAACCAGGGGUAUAAGAUCCUGGUUUGGCUGGAACAGUCACCAGAGGCAGUGACCGUGGUGACUAUAACCCCUGACUUCCAUGGUGCACGCCACUCAGGUUCUGUGGGUGGCCUGAGGAAGUUUACACGAUACCUGACAUCAGUGCUGUGCUUCACCACACCGGGGGAUGGUCCCCGGAGUCCUCCGCAGCUGGUGCAGACACACGAGGACAAUCCAGGCCCAGUGGGCCAUCUCAGUUUUACCGAGAUCCUCGACACAUCCCUCCGGGUGAGCUGGCAGGAGCCCACUGAGAAGAACGGCAUUGUUGUAGGCUACCAGGUUUCCUGGGAGGUCCAGGGGAAGAACUACACCCGGGUGACACGCACGCUGCCCAAUACCACCCUGGAAUACAAAGUGACCGGUCUCACCUCCCUGACCACCUAUGUGUUAGAGGUAGCUGCUGCAACAGGAGCAGGAUUGGGGGCCAUCACAUCCUCCACCAUCUCCUCUGGGGUACCACCAGAACUUCCAGGGCCUCCAUCAAACCUUGUUAUUUCCAAAAUAAGCCCGCGUUCCGUCACGCUGAAGUUCCGUGCUGGGGAUGAUGGGAAGACCACCAUUUCUAAGUGGAUUGUGGAGGGGCAGGUGAGCAGCAUUGGCGAUGACGAGGACUGGAGAGUGCUGUACGAAAGGGAGAACGAACCCAACGCCCAGGUCUUAGAGGUCCCCAACCUCAUCCCCUUCACCCAGUACAGGUUCCGCUUGCUGCAGGUGAACAUUGUGGGCCCCAGCCCGGCAAGCCAACCCUCUCGUGUGAUCCAGACAUUGCAGGCACCCCCUGAUGUUGCCCCCAGCAGUGUGACUGUGCGCACGGCCAGCGAAACAAGUCUUUGGCUGAGAUGGAUGCCACUACCAGACUCGGAGUACAACGGCAACCCGGAGACUGUGGGCUACCGUGUGCGGCUGCAGCGAGCGGACCUGCUCGGCGAGCCACAGACUUACCUGGUGAAUGAUCGCUUGGAGCGAGAGCUCACCCUGGACAGUCUGGAGGAGUGGACCGAGUAUCAGCUGCAGAUUCAGGCCUUCAACUCCGUUGGGGCAGGGCCCUGGAGCGAGGUUGUGCGAGGCCGCACGCGGGAGUCAGUGCCGUCUGGGUCCCCAGAGAACGUGACAGCAGAAGCAGUGAGUUCCACGCAGAUCCUCGUCACCUGGGGUCCUGUGCCAGAGCAGGAGCAGAACGGGCACAUCCUGGGGUAUAAGGUGCUGUACAAGGAGAGGGAUUUGGACGCGGAGCCUCAGGUGCAUGUGGUGAAAGGAAACCUGACGCAAGCAGUAGUGUUGCAGAGCCUAAGGAAGUAUGUCCUGUAUGAGAUCCAGGUGCUGGCCUUCACCCGCAUCGGGGAUGGGGAGCCGAGCCGCCCGCCUGCCAUGGAGCGUUCCAAGGAUGACGUCCCCGGCCCCCCAGUGAAGCUGGUGUUUCCAGAUGUGCGUCUGACAGAGGUGAGGGUGGUGUGGCAGCCCCCUGAGGAACCCAAUGGCAUCAUCAUGGGGUACCAGAUCGCUUACCGGCAGGACGUCGGACCCUCCAGCACCUUCACCACAGUAGAGGUGGGGCCCAGUGCUCGGGAGUUCACAGCCACAGGCCUGGCACCGGAGUCAGCCUACAUCUUCCACAUUUCUGCCAGGACCCAGCAAGGCUGGGGGCCACCUGAGCAGGCGGUAGUCAUCACCACAGAGAACCGAGAGCCUCCCCAGCCCCCCCGGAAGCUGAGUGUACCCCCGAAUGGGGUGCAAUCCCGCAGUCUCCAACUGCACUGGGUCCCGGGUGCCGAUGGAGCGUCCCCUGUGCGUUACUUCACCCUGCAGAUUCGAGAAAUGCUCCACGGUGACUGGACCACCUACUCCUCUGCCGUCAGCCACAACUUCACUUCCUGGGAGGUGGACAGACUGAAGCCCUUCACGUCCUACAAGCUGCGUAUGAUAGCGACCAACGAUGUUGGCAACAGUGCCUACAGCAUGGAGACGGACACCAUCACUACUCUGCAGGAUGUUCCUGAUGAGGCGCCUGUCAUUUUGGCCGUAAAGCCGUCCACAACAACCUCCAUACUGGUCCAGUGGCAGCCUCCUAAGAAUGAGACUGUCAAUGGGAUUCUGGUGGGCUAUCACAUAUACUACCGAGAGCUGCACUAUGAUAAUGCUCCGCUGGAAUCCAGGACAGCUGGAGAGAAUUCCUCCAUGGCAGCAGAAGUGACAGCCAAGGGCACCUUCAAGACUGUGAGCGGCGCCUCGCUAACGGAAUUUGAGCUAACUCAGCUGAGCAAGUACAAGCGCUACGAGAUCGUGAUGACGGCCUAUAACAUCAUUGGAGAGAGUCCCCCAAGCGCCCCAGUGGAGGUCUUUGUAGGAGAAGCAGCUCCUUCCAUGGCACCCCAGAACAUUGUUGUCAACGCCCUGUCAUCCACACAGCUGGAGGUGCUGUGGGAGGCCCCUCCAGUGGAGACACAGAAUGGCAACAUCCAGGGUUACAAGAUCCAUUAUUGGGAAAAGGACAGUCUGAACGAGAUGGAGAAAGUGAAGAUCCUGUUUCUCCCAGAAACCACCGUGCGACUCAAGAACCUGACUAGCUAUACUUACUACCUUGUGCGGCUGCUGGCCUUCAAUGCCGCGGGGGAAGGCCCUCUGAGCAACCCCCGAGGGGAGCGCACUCUGCAAGCCGCCCCCAGCAUUCCCAGCUUCAUCACCUUCUCAGAGGUGACCACCACGACCCUCAACGUGUCCUGGGGGGUGCCUCUGUCACCCAAUGGUGUGGUGGAGGGCUACCGCGUGGUCUACGAGCCCUCAGCACCCAUUCACGGUGUGAGCAAAGUGGUCACAGUGGACAUUCGCAGCAACCGGCAGCGCUGGCUCAAGGUUCGAGACCUGACCAAGGCCGUGACCUACUGCUUCCGGGUGGCAGCCAGGACCAUCAGCCUGGGGCCGGAGCUGGAGGCCAACAUCACCACGGGGCCCCGGGAGGGAGCGCCUCGUUCUCCCUCACAAACGUCGGUCACCAAGUCCGGCCUCACGCUCACCAUUGGCUGGACGGCGGGGGACCACGGCGCCGCCCCAGUCACAGGUUACGUCAUUGAGGCCCGCCCUUCAGAUGAGGGUCUGUGGGACACCUUCAUCAAGAACCUGCCCCCCAGUAGCACAUCGCACUCCAUCAACCUGGAGCGCCUCAGGCAGGGGGUGAGCUACCAGUUCCGGGUGCUGGCCGUCAACCGCUUCGGCUAUGGUGAGCCGAGCGCCCCAUCUGCUGUCACCUCGGCCCAGUCUGAGAGCCCAUUCUAUGAGGAAUGGUGGUUCCUCAUUGUGGUGGCGCUGUGUGGCCUCAUCCUGGUGCUGCUGCUCGUGUUUGGGCUGGUGCUGCACGGCCAGAGCAAGAAGUCCAGGAGCUGUGGCACGGGGAAAGCAAUUUCCACUGCAGAGCAGUCAGUCACCCUGGACAAUGGAAGAUUUACUGCGCUGGAGCUCAACAGCAGGCACCUCAAUGUAAAGAGCUCCUUUCUGAAGAAGAACGGUACCAGAUCUCCCCCCCGGCCGAGCCCAGGCGGGCUGCACUACUCCGACGAGGACCUUUGUAACAACUACAAUGGCACUGUCCUGUCUGAAAGCACAUCCCUCACCGAGAAGCCAACCAUGGUCUCAGAAUCGGAGGCCACGGAGAGCGAGCCUGAGGACGAGCCACCCAAGCACUCGUUUGUCAACCACUACAUGAGUGACCCCACCUACUUCAAUUCAUGGAAGCGGCAACAGAAGGGCCUGAAGCAGAGCCUUUCAUACGCCUAUGAGGAGUGCGCCAGUGGUGACAGUGAGCCUUACUACCAGACUGUGGUCACGGCCCACAGCAUGAGCGGGGCCUAUACACCUAGCGGCCAGCCUGCCCCUGGAUCACGGACACCGGUCACUGGCUUCUCUUCCUUUGUGUGACACCUUGCCCACCUGGGCGAGUGAGCAGGGGGCACAGCCUGGAGAGGUCACACAGGUCCCCCUUGGAGGCUGUCAACUCAGCAGACAACAUGAAGGGAAGGGAAAUUUCCUGCAGUGAUUCGUCACCCCAAACAGGGCACUAAAGACAUUAUUUCUUACCGGUAACUGGUCCAUAUAUAACAUUACAGCAGUCACUUUGUGUCAGUGGUGCCAGAUCAUCGGUCUCCAAAUAAAGCUGUACGUGUGUGGUUAAAGUGUGUGUUUUCUGAACAGUCACAUGCGGCCAUGAGAAUACUGCCACACUCCUGCCAUGUGAAUCCCAUGCACCCUUGGUGCGAUGACAAACAUCUGACUUAAAGCUGGGUAUUGGCCAAGUGUUCUUCAUCCGCAGAAUGCAUCAAUGACGGCAGUAACUUCCCUUUGCACCUCAACACAAAAUGUAGAAUUUCAACAGUAAACCCAGUUCUAAUCAGACAAAGACUGAUAAAAUGUGAUGACCUAAGGCCUUUACACACAUGAUUCAUAUUACCCAUGUUCCCUUUGAACAGAGAUUCCAGAGAACAGGCUGCUGUGGGACAGAGAGGCAUCCAUAAAUGGGGCCUGGACCUCAGUUCUUCUGCAAGGGCAGCAAUUUUUUUGGACCAGGAGUCCAUGACUUCACUGCAGGGCCCCUGAAACAUCAGCACACAUGAUGACAUCCACUGUGAAAGUGAUUCAGAUUAGAGGUGGGGAAAAACAAAGUAACUAUGCUUUUUUUUUGUAAGAAUCUGUGUUUUUUUUC